CGCUACUUAUACGUUGAGUGUUCGAAAUUUAACACUGCAAAACAAUAAUAAAUCGAUGCCAUGUUAAUUUUCGAAAGUAUUUUCUUUUUCUUAUCUUAUUUUCUUUUAUGUGAAUAAUUUACAUACAAAGCUGCCUUUCCUGCAAAACAUACGCACUAUAAGACAACAUGUUAGUCAAAUGUGUAUUACAAGACAUAAGACAAAUGUUAAAAUACAUUUUUUUAGGCUAAUUAAAAAUUUUCUAUGGCUUUUCACAGGCAGGAUUUUGACAAACUCCAAAUAUACCGGCAGAAAGUUUUUGACCCAUACAUCAUUCGAUUCAGUCUUUCACGCUGAUUCCAAAUACGUAAAUAUUGUUCGUAAAUUUUGUUCGCAUCCACCAUAGAUGCGCGGCCUCGCGAGGAACAUUUUGGUAUAAAAAUAUGUUAGUUCAGAUCUGCGCUAAGCUGCACGUUCUCAAAAUACCGGAGAAAGCCUUUACAGCCUAGACCGUUUUCGAAAGAAUCCAUUCCAAUUUGGAAUGGAUUCUUUCGAAAACGGUCUAGGCGAGAUGGGCAGCUGCGACCCCUUCCGGCUCCGGUUCCGGUUCCGGUCCAGCUCCACCUCCUCUUUUGCAUACUUGGCUCCGGCUCCACUCCGGCUCUGCCUUCAAUUUUGAAUAUCCGGCUUCGACUCCUCCCUAAUGUUUUUAAACCCAGCUCCGGCUCCGACGUCCGCUCCAACUUCAAAAGAGUAUCUUUUUCCUUGGUUUUUCUUUUAAUGAGUUUUCUAGGUUUUCAACUAACAACAAAUAUGGAAAAAAUAGAAAUGAAAAGAAAUGAAUAACAAAUGAAAGCUAUCUAAUGUAGAAGAACAGAAUUCCACUUGAGAAAUGUUAGUUUCGCUAACAUUUCUUUUGUGAGACGUCCUCUGUGUGGUCGAAUCACGAAACCACUAGUAGAAAACACACGCUCGACAGGCGCUGAUAUUGCAGGUACGCAUAAAAGCCGACGAGCUAACAAACUAAGAUAUGGAUAGGUUUUUGCUUGGAAAAAGUCAAGAGAAAACAAUACGAAAAUACUUGACAGAAAGAAAUUAUCAUCUGAUCGACGAUCGAGAGUUAGCCACUUGUAACAAAAGAAAGAUGUAGAUACUACCGAUACAUAUAUAUGUAAACAAAGAAAUAGAGCGAAUAUAUGUGGAAAAUGUCAGCAUUGUCAGCUCACCCACAUUGUUAACAGAACGAGAAAAAUUCCGAGCCGGCAAACAGUUCUCGGCUCCGACUCCGGCUCCGAUUACAAUAAUUCACGCCCGGCUCCGGCUCUAAUCGCAGUAUUUGACGGCCUGGCUCCGGCUUCAACUCCGGCUUCAGGUCCAAUGUUUCCCGUCCGGCUCCGUUUAUAA